CGAAAAGCUACACUCGUAGCUAGCUUACUUCCUAGCUACGGUAGGGGAAAACCAUGAGAUUUGACUGUCGAAAUGAAAUAUCGGCAUUCGGCAGGUAGAAUGGAUCCUGCAGAAGAGCUUCCGUCCAUUUUGUGGGGAUUGGACCCGAUCUUUUCUGCUUUCGCCAGGCUAUAUAUCACAGACAUCCUCCACAUGAGGGAGUCCUGUCAAGUGCCAGAUAUUUAUUUCUACAAGUCACAUCCAAUCCACUCUGUAGAUGUUCUUGGGACAGUCGUUUAUAAGAGGGAAAGAGAGGACUUCAUCUGUUAUGGAGUGGACGAUGGUACUGGUGUCAUAAACUGUCUGUGUUGGAAAAAUGACCCGAUGAAAGAAGAGGUGGAUUCUGGUAAAUUCAGGGGAAAACCAAAUGAUGUCCUUCAGGGAGGUUUUAAUCUAGCUGUUGAGCUGAAAAAGCUGAGACAGGCCCAGCAGAGCCACUUCCAUCUAGAGAUUGGAGAGCUUCUGCGAGUCAGAGGACCAGUAAAGACGUCAAAGCAACAGAGAGAGAUUAUUGCCUCCACCUACUAUAAAGUGAAUGACCCAGUGAUGGCAGUCCAGAUUGAAUGGAUGAUUGAGGUUUUACAGGUGUAUAGAGAGUUCUAUGACAAACCACUCCAUCUACAAACCAACACCACAAAUGAGUCUUCUAUCAGUUCCCAAAGUGAGGCCACAAAUAUCAUCAAAGAUUUCUUAGAGCAGAGGUGUGUGAGCAAAUUCAGACCUUAUGAUGUUCAGGACCUCCUUCAGCCUCUCAUUGCCAGCUGUACUGAAACAGCACCUGGAGACCAGGAGCCUGUGGAGGGUCCCUCUGCAUGCCAGCAACUAAGCAUGCUUCUUAAAGAGGCUCUGCAAAUUUUACAGGAUGAGGGCUUUGUGUACCGCGGGGUUGAGUCCCAGGAUAAAGUCUAUUUUGUGACGACACAGGAUAAAGAGCUAUUUAUGGCAGUUAAAGACAUAAUCAGGGAGGACUCAAAAAGAGAGAAGUAUCAAGAGAAGGGUUGCCACAUCCUUCACAUCCUGUCUUCAGUAAGACAGCGCCACAGCAUGAAUGUGAGCAAAGCAGCGCUUGAGCUGGUUCUCAAAUCACUGGAGUGCAACAGUGACAUUGUCAGCACCAGAGAGAACUAUUUUACUAUGUUUUAGGCCAGUGUUAGGGACUACAUUGACUCUAUUUCUUAUUUAUUUAUUUAAAAAUAUAAAAAAGAUCUCUAAAAUCUUGUAGCAGCUUUUUCCUACAAAGUCAUAAAUAUUAACUAAUCAUGUAGUACAGUAUGUCAUCUUUUUGAAAAUGGAUAUUGAUAUCUUUGGACAAUAUAUAUAUAUUUUUGUAGUGGUUACCUUUUCCAGACCCUGUAAAGAGAGUUAAGUACAUACAACACAUUAUACGUGUUUGAUGAUAAUUGCUGAAAAUGUGCAGACAGAAGUAGGGAUAAACAAGAGUUCCAAAAUUAAAUAUAUCAAUAAAUCAUUAAAUGUCAUGAAGUAUUUAUUUCAAUAUU